AACCAACUAUAAACAAAACAAAAAACAAAAACAAUUACAAUUAAUAAGCAAAAAAACAAAUAGCACACUUGUGUGUUCCGCAGUUAGCUAGUAAGAGGCGCCGCCGCGUCGUUCCAAAUCGUUCAAAGGAAAACCCAAAACCCAGCAACAGUAGGGAAGAGGCAACACAAGCAGUAUAGGGAUAUAUAAAUAGAGAAAUAGGAUUUAGAAACUAAGUUGCAGCAAGUAAUUCUAAGACAAAAAGCAAACUGUGAGACGGGAAAGAAGUGAACAUUCUGAAGUGCGGAAUACAAUACAGAAAGCAUCCUUUGAGCACUGUAAAUAGCCAAUAGUCCCAAUACAAAGAUGAACGCACGCUCGCAAGUGUUUGAUCUGACGAUGGAGGGUCUGCAGGUGGACGAGGCAGUGACCACCAUCUUCCAGACAGUGCUCUUCCAUCGUUGCCUCGGCAAGUUCAUGUACACGGGCGAUGCCCAGUACUCGAUCGGCACGGUCGGCUACACGGACGUCGACUGCAACUUCAUUGACUUCACGUAUGUGUGCUGCACCUCUGACAGUCUGACGCACAAGGUGAAGCGAGCCAUUAACGUGUUCAGCGAAAAGUUACGCUCCAACGAGAGCUGCGGCUCCGGGCAGAUCAGCUUGGAGUUCUUUCAAAAGAAGAAGAACCGCUGGCCAUUCCCACAAGAGUCCAUACCGUGGGAGGUGUGGACGGUGCAUCUCGAUUUGAUCAAGCACGAGAACGAGGACGAGCGGCAGCUAUGUCGCGAGAAUGUCUCUGAUCUUCUCACCGAAAAGGUAAUCUACAUUACGGAGCUAAUGAAUCGGCAUGACUAUGUGCCCAAGACGCCCAGCCAGAGUGAGCUGGAUCUCAUCUUUGAUACAUCCUUUCCCGAUGUUCAGCCGUAUUUGUUCAAGUUUGAUUAUUCCACCUCCGGCUCGGCGGCCCCAUCCAUGGGCAAUGCCAUGAAAAAGAUCAUCAAGGAGACGCUCGCAAUGUGACUGGCUAAAGCUAAAUGUGGAGUAGUACCAAAACCAAACUUCAUCAUUUUCUCGUGCUCGUGGCAACAGUUUCGUGCAACAUGCAGCAUACACAAUUGAUGUAUUUCUGCUGCUAAUUUCACAUCUUACGUUGCAAUCCAAUGGUGAUAAUGAGACAGAUACAGAUAAGGAUAAAGAUGGAUAGUUAAAUAUUUAUUGUGUGUGUGUAAAGGGGAGAGACGGACUCCCUUCCUCCCAUGAAGUUCGCUUUGUUACUACUUUUAGUUGUUAUUGAUUUAUUUUGUUAGUACAGUAGAUCCGCUUACACCCCGCCAUCUGUGGGCAUCGUCUCGCCACGCUGUUUGUAUUUACAAUCAUUAAAUGAUUAUAUAUCAGAAGAGUUUCGAGCUAGACAUAGAGUUAGAUUAAGUUGUAGAAACCUGUAGAACCCUUUAGAAAAUGUUUGUUUUAUCGUGUUCCAUGCAAACGAGUAGGACGUAUGGAGAGGCAGAGGCAGUAGGUAUGAGUGAGAGCGAUGUAUAGGAAGUGGAAAGCCCAAAAACUAAAAUACAGUUGCAGAAUUUUAACCAUUGAUGGACCAAGCGUAAAAGUUAAAGAAAAAAAAGAAACAUCAGUUUUGGAGCUGGUAUUGUAACGAUAAAAGUGCAUUAGAUUCUUAGGCUAAUCUCAUUAGUGGGCCUAACACCCCACCAAUCAAUCAAUCAAUCAAUCAAACAAACAAACGGCCCACGUGUAUCCCCCCGCUCCGGAAGCGUAUAUUGAGUGCACUCCUUAGACCUAAGUAUCCAUGUAUCUAAUGUAUGUACAUUUAAGUGUGGAUUCGGUGCGGCAGUCGGGGUAGCUUACGGGCCACAAACAACUGUAGUAGUGGCUUGAACUAAUGCGUUACUUAAUACCUAACUACCUACCUACCCUAUGUUAUCGAUCAGUGUAAAUAAUAAAACACAAAUGAAAUGCAAAGAGAGAGAGGAAGAGAGAGAGCGAGGAGAGCGCGACGUUGUUUUAGCAAGUACCCAGACGCAAGAGCAAAACAGAGAGGGAGAAAGUUUAAUUGCUAAAUGUUGACACUUUCCAUCUACAACUACAAAAGCGGGAGAGCAAAUGAUGAUCGAAUCAAUUUUGAUGAUUGAAAACUAUGAUGUGGAUACUGAAUGAUACUGCUCUAUGGAAAUAUAUGAUUUGUAAAGAAUUCAAGAUUGAUGGAUGGAUGCACUUCUAUGUACAGUUGGCAUUGGCGUUGUUGAUAAGUUUUUGUUAAAUUGAAUUAGCGCCACGACUAGCGCAGCACCGAAUCGAAUCGAAAUGUAUGUCUGUAUAUUCAAUUGUAAAUGUAAAUCGAUGUCUGUGUGUAAGUAAGUGUAUGUUCAAGCUAUACACAAAACCAUAAAUGUACUUUGCAAUUAAAAAACUAUUAUUGUAAACUUGAUUUAAGCAGAAUAUAUAAAAGAAACCUUUGAAAUCACACAA